AAGCUUAAGUUUCCUGCCUGGAGGAAGAGAGAUGAGUGCAGAUAAAAAGCGGGGUACAGCGGGUUGGAGAACGCAGUGCUCUAGAGCCACUUCCAGCAUCUCUCUAACCCGUGCUCCCUGGUGCAGGAUCUUGUCCACAAUGAGCCUCCUGCCCCGCCGCUGUGCCCGCAUCCCCCGCGGCUCCCGCUCGCUGUUCACGCUGCUGGCGUUUCUGUUGCUGCUCACGCUGUCGCAGCAUCUAGCUGAAGGGGGUCCCUCCGCCGUCUUGCCGGUAACAGAGCUGCGUUGCGUUUGCUUAACCAUAACUCCAAAAAUUAAUCCCAAAAUGAUCGCUAAUCUGGAGGUGAUUGCUGCAGGUCCACAGUGUCCCAGGGUGGAAGUCAUAGCCAAGCUGAAGAACCAGAAGGAGGUCUGUCUGGACCCAGAAGCUCCUUUGAUGAAAAAAAUCAUUCAGAAAAUACUGGACAGUGGAAAUAAGAAAACUAAGAGGAACGCACUUGCACUGGAAAAAUCGCCCGGUGUUCAAUAGAAAAAAUUCCGAGGACUCUGGCACCAAUGAAGACAAGAAAGGCGGGCUGAUUUCUCCCCUAGUAAUUUUCUUUGUGAACUCCCUGCUCUGAAGAGGAAAGGGAAACGGCUAUUCCUGGAGCUCUCUGCUCAGUUUAUGAGUGUAUUUAGCAAAGCAUUUCUGAUUCUUUUCUGCUGUCUGCUACACUAUUGGAAACUGUGACAUUUUAGUGUGUAAGUCAAGAAUCUUAGGUUGCUAACCUUUCUAAAUGUCUUGAAGAUGACUAUUGCAUUUUGUCUCUAAAAAUAUAUGCAUGUGUGUGUAUAUAUAUAUGUAUGUAUGUAUAACUUGUAGUGUUCAUGGGAAGGCUGUGGAAUUAACUGAUUAACGAAGUUCCAUUAGAAGCUGUGGAUGGGGACACCUUCAUCCUCCCUGUCAUGAAAUGGGAACUGUUUUACUGUUGCUGCUUGUGUGUGUUGAGCUUUCUUACAUCUGACUCUGGGGUGGUGUAUAACUUUUAUGGUAUUAGCAAGCUGGUAUAUUAUGCAGAAAACUAUGUAGAAUACAUUUCCUUAUUUAGAAUUUCCAAAUGUGUAAGUUCUAGAAGGAUUAAUGUAUUCUCUUCUUACAAUUCUAGACAUUUGAUGUCUUCUUAGUAUGGCAUAAUGUCAUGACUUAUCAUCAAACUGAUUGUGUGCUAUUUAUUAACUAGUUUAUUAGUAUUAUUAUUGAGGUUCACUAAGUGCAUGUUAUAGGUAAGUGAAGAAGAUAAGAAGCAAGUACAUUCCUUACCCAGUUUUCAUAAAAACACAUUUAAAAGUUAUUUCUAGUAAGAGAAACUUUAGCAAAUAGCUAUACUCUAAGGAGUUUUGAAAACUUACUUAUCGUGUUUAAAUAUGAAUGCAUCGCUUUGCCUCCUCCAAACAUAUGGUGCAUUACUGGGGUAUUUAGAUGUCUAUAGUGUGUCUUUCUGAGAAUUUGACUGCUUCAUUAUGAGGAAAUUAAUGUAUGCAUCAUAUCCAUUAUUUUAAGGUUGUGCUUUUUAAAAUGUCCCAUUUGUUAAUAUCACUUUUUUGGAGAAAAAAAUAAAGUAUGUUUAACUUUCA